AUGUGUUGGACUGAUUUCAUGGUCAUUGUCAAUGGCCAGGACCUGUCGCAGUCCAGCCACCAUGAAGCAGUGGAAGCCUUCAGAUCCGCCAAGGAACCAAUCGUAGUAGAAGUACUCCGCCGGACCAGCAAAAGUCACCUGGGUGACGCACCUUGUGUCACCGGAAGCGGAAAUAGUAAAAGGAUUACCAGUCGUGGUCCAGUCAUGGUGUCCAUCGGGACGCAGACAGAAGAGGAUUUUUACUGCUACCACCGACCUCCCACGCCCCCACCGGCGCUUUAUCCCGUGCCGGUAGUUACAGG